UGAUAUCACCGCUAUAAAGCCAAUUCCCCCAUCCACCCUCCUGACCGUAGAUGAUCCUCUCGACGGUUCUCCUUUUUUCCCUCUCACUCUAUUCUCUCCUCUACAUACAAUUGACCAGCUUACACUCGCUCGUUGCUUGUUGAGAUUGCUGUCUUCGCCAUUGCUGCUACACACCUGAGCAACCAGCAAUCUUUCCACCGCGAAUCCUUCGUUCCAUUCCAUACAUCGCGGAAUCCUCUCGACUUCGUUCACAAUGGCUCAAGCAAUCAAGAGCGCUCUCCCCACUCACCUGAAGUCCCCUCUGGGCGGCCAAGGCAAGAGUGACGAGGAGUUUAGCUCCCGUCAUCACGGCAAGACGAGGUCUCACAUGGCUUUCGAGAACACCUCCACCAGCGUCGCCGCUGCCCAGAUGCGCAAUGCCCUCACUCAGCUCUCCGAGACCGUCUCGGACCCUGAGCAGAAGAAGCUCUUCGAGACUGAGAUGGACAACUUCUUUGCCCUCUUCCGCCGCUAUCUGAACGACAAGGCCAAGGGAAACGCUGUCGACUGGGACCGCAUUGCCCCUCCCGCCCAGGGCCAGGUUGUCGACUACGAGGACCUCGCCAACUCGGAGUCCGUUCAGUUCCUCAACAAGCUGGCCGUCUUGAAGCUCAACGGUGGUCUUGGUACCUCCAUGGGUUGCGUCGGUCCCAAGUCCGUCAUCGAGGUCCGUGAUGGCAUGUCCUUCCUCGACCUGUCCGUCCGCCAGAUCGAGUACCUCAACCGCACCUACGACGUCAACGUCCCCUUCAUCCUCAUGAACUCGUUCAACACCGACGAGGACACGGCCUCCAUCAUCAAGAAGUACGAGGGCCACAACGUCGACAUCCUUACCUUCAACCAGUCCAGAUACCCCAGAAUCCUGAAGGACUCCCUCCUGCCCGUUCCCAAGAAAUACGACUCGUCCAUCAACGACUGGUACCCCCCCGGUCACGGUGACGUUUUCGAGUCGCUGUACAACUCUGGCAUUCUCGACAAGCUCAUUGAGCGUGGUAUUGAGGUUGUCUUCCUUUCCAACGUCGACAACCUCGGCGCCGUCGUCGAUCUCCGCAUCCUCCAGCACAUGGUCGAGACCGAGUCGGAGUACAUUAUGGAGUUGACCAACAAGACCAAGGCCGACGUCAAGGGUGGUACUAUCAUCGACUACGAGGGCUCGGUCCGUCUUCUCGAGAUCGCCCAGGUGCCCAAGGAGCACGUCAACGAGUUCAAGUCCAUCAAGAAGUUCAAGUACUUCAACACCAACAACAUCUGGCUGAACCUCAAGGCCAUCAAGCGCGUCGUUGAGAACGACGAGCUCGAGAUGGAGAUCAUUCCUAAUGGAAAGACUAUCCCUGGCGACAAGAAGGGCGAGUCAGACAUUUCCAUCAUCCAGCUCGAGACCGCCGUCGGCGCCGCCAUCCGUCACUUCAAGAACGCCCACGGCGUCAAUGUCCCUCGUCGCCGCUUCUUGCCUGUCAAGACAUGCUCUGACCUGAUGCUCGUCAAGUCUGAUCUCUACACCGUCAAGCACGGCCAACUCCAAAUGAGCUCCAGCCGUUUCGGUGACGCUCCUCUCAUCAAGCUGGGCAGCGACUUCAAGAAGGUCUCGGACUUCCAGAAGCACAUCCCCUCCAUCCCCAAGAUCAUCGAGCUGGACCACCUCACCAUCACAGGUGCUGUCAACCUCGGCCGCGGUGUGACGCUCAAGGGCACUGUCAUUAUUGUUGCUACGGAAGGCAGCACUAUUGAUGUGCCUCCUGGAUCCAUCCUCGAGAACGUUGUUGUGCAGGGUAGCCUGCGUCUGCUUGAGCACUAAGCGGCUCUAGUGGAUAUUGUAUUUUGAGUAAAUGUAAGGCACGUGUCGAACGAUGCCUCGUAGCAUCCUGGGACGACCAACUGGAAGCGCAAGGGGAUGAUGGAAACCAAAAUCCAGGCCCCCACCACCAAAAGGCGGCUUCUGCAUGUCUGUGGCAGUAGUAAAACGAAGUCGAUAGUAUUUUAAUAAGGCAACACUGCGUGUUUUUUC